CUUUGUUCUGCACAUUUUUUGUGACUGUGGAUAUAAGCUCCGUUCUCUCUUUAUGCAUGUCCGUCUUCAUUUUCAAUUUUGUUUUUUGUCCUAAAUCUAUCUUAUCGUGUGUUGUGUGAGUGCUAGCUCAGAAGACACCUGUGUCCACAGAAAAAUGUCUAAAAUGUAAUAUGGCAAGCUCCUAUAUUCUACUAAGAAUGUCACAUUUUGAUUUAUCAGACAGGACAGUUUUUUCACUUCCCUCAGACCAUCUCAAAUGGGCUCAGGUCUGUGGUGUUUCUGAAUCAUAUUUAUAAAUGUCUUUUUUCUUUGCAUGGUAUAGUUUUAACAUACGUUUGCAUCCUGCAUUGGCUGUGUUAAUUAACAGUCAGUGAUUUUGAACACAUGCAGUGAUUUCCACUCCAGAGUCAUGUGUGUUUUUAAUGCAGUGCUGCAGUAAUGCUGUUGGAGGCUCUGAGUUUACCAACAUUACAGAGAUUUCUCCAGAUUCUCUGAUUCUUUUUAUGAUAUUACAUUCUGUAGAUGAUGGAAUCCACUCAUUCUUUCACUUUUGACACUCAGGAACAUUAUUCUGAAACUGUUGAACUAUCAGCUCACAGUCUCUCACAGAGUGGUGAACCUCGUCCCCUCUUUACUUUCCUCUCUGAAUGUCCUUUUUAUACUCAGCCAUGUUAUUUACCUGAUGUAAAUUAACCUCAUUAGUGGGAGAUUCUCCUCCAGUUUUUUUUUUUUAAAUAUAGCAUUACACAACUUUUUUACCUGUGUGGUCAUUUUUGUAUCAACUUUUUUAAAAGCAUGUUGCAAGAAUUAUAACCUUCUUCAGUUUAAAUUUGUGAUGUCUUUUUACUUUUUAAAUCAAAUGUGGGUUUGAUCAUUUAGCACCAAAAUUAUCUGGUACCAUCAACAUUUCACACAGUGUCCCAACAGUGUCCCAACAUUUUUAGAACUUUGGUUGUAUAAUAAUUAUGUAACACAUCAGCCCGAUGAUAAACAGAAAAGCAGAAGUGAAAAGGCCUUGCUCAGUGAAAUUCGAAGCCAUGUUUGCAAAAGUGAAUUAUGUGCAAAGAGGAGAAAGAAGAAGUGUGGAUCUCUGCAGCCUUUAAAAAGAUGUUGACAUGCAGCAGAUGAUCAUUCGGUCCAGCAGAGAGUCAAGGAUGAGAGGUCUGGUCUUUGUGCUGUUGGUGGCGGUGGCGAGUGCCAAGAAGUUCUGGCAGUGCGAGUGGGCCCAAGUGCUGAGAGACCAUGGGAUGGAUGGAUUCAAUGGUGUCAGCCUGGCUAACUGUGAGUAACUGUAUGUCUGUCUGCAGAGUCAUAUUUUCAGUGUCUUAUUAUUCCUCACGGUAAGCUCUGUCCAGAUGUGAGAAAUCACUGAUACAUUGAUGUCUGUCUUUGCUCUGAUAACAGCUGAUUUAUCAAAGAUAUUUUUUGCCAGUAAAACUCACUAGAUAUAUGUGAAAAAAGAUAAAGAAGAAGAAAAUAGUAUAAACCAGACACAUGCUGUAUGUAGAUGUGGUUAACGGGAGGUUAGGUCAGGAUAAUAUAAUCCUGACAGGUUGGAUAUUAUCCCUUUCAGGCCUCUUUUCCAUAUUCUGAACACUCAGAACAAAUUCACCGUUUUUAAUGUUAAAAGAUAGUCCUGUAUUUGGGCUUCAUGUUGAAAGAGACCUCUGAGCAUUUCUACUGCUGUGUUUUUUCCUUGGCAGGGCUUUGUCUGACCUGGGAGGAGUCUAAAUAUGACACCUCAGCCAACCCCACUAACAGAGACGGAUCCUCAGACUACGGCAUCUUCCAGAUUAACAGCUAUUACUGGUGUGAUGAUGGCACAGAUUCACACAAUGAUUGCGGUGUCCGAUGCAGCGGUCAGUAAUGACAAACAGCAACAUUUUACUCACCUAUCUGCUCACUAGAUAAUCAUUAUGUGGAUGUUCUUUAAAUGUCCAUCAAAAAUAGAUUUAAAAUAUAAAUUUAAAAAAAUACCAUUCAACUCAUUUUAAUAUUUUGGUUACAGAUCUUCUGUCUGAUGAUGUCACCGCCGCAAUCAACUGCGCCAAACUUAUAGUCCGCCGUCAGGGCCUCAGAGCCUGGUAAGAUCUGAUCAUAUGACUGAGUUCAGUUUUUUUUUUACCCUCUAAUCGAGGAAGGAUCAGUUACAAAAUGUCACUCUGUCCUUUUCAGGUACGGUUGGACGGACCGAUGUGCAAACAGGGACCUGAGCCGCUUUAGCGGUUGUUAAGAUGAUGAUGAGUGGUGAAAUCAGCGAAAUAUCUUCCUCACAUUUCAAAUGUUAUACCGAAUUGCUUCUUUCUUUCUGUGUCUGAUCAGACAGCAAAUAAGCUAAUCAAUAAAGCUAACUUUCCUGCAAGCAUAAAAAUGACAUCUUUAUUCUUGACCUAUUUCACUCAGACAACUCACCUUGAAAUAGUUUGAAAUGCGUUAUUACUUUGCACUGGGGGCGUUGCUGGGAAUCAAUAAUGAUCCAAAAUAUAUCUUCUUGGGCCUCAUCACAAUAGCCUGAGCCACCUUUGUACAGUUAGAAAUUAACCUAUCCACAUUUUGCAAAAAAGAGUUGAGUUUUUUUGCUACAAAAUUCAAAACCUUGCUCCAAAGAAAUUGCUGAAAUGUUACAGCCAAAAAUAUCAUUAUACUAAAUGCAAAAAAUAUUGAGUUGAGGUAUUUUUCAUUAUAGUAUUAGAACCUUUGUAUAGCCCCGGCUGACAUAUUCAACAUGAAGUUCAUUCCAAUAAACUUAUUAUGAUGAUAAGACACACUGCCUUGCCCUUUGACCCCAGGCCCUAAAUCACCCAAACACCUGCUUUCAAACUUGAUAAUAAACUUGAUAAAUAAGAAUUAAGAAUCGAGUUUAUUGUUUAUCUAAGUUUAUUGUGAUACUACUGUCAGUUUAAGAAUACCAAAAAAAUACAACCAAACAAACAUCUGAAUCCAUCGCAUCUAAAGACAUGAGAACUCUGACAGUCUCCUUUUUCAGCGUAAUGAUUAAAGACCACAUCCCUCCAGAUAGGGGGUCAGGUCCUGGCCCUCACAGUGAACGCGCCAAGCCACCCUGUAAUCACACAAAAGAGACAUACAAAAGUGUAACUCAUCUUUUCAAAACUCAAGGGUCCAUGAUCAUAUCACAACCUCUAAUUCAGUCACACGGUUAGAACUUACCAGGCUCGGAUGCCAUUGGGAUCCCUGACGACACGCUUGGCACAGGUGAUUGCUGUAUCAACAUCAUCAGUCAGAAGGUCUGUGAAGGAAAAAUGAAGAAAUCUAGAUUUGAAUGGUUAUUUGAGGAUUUCAUCUACAGUAUGCAAAAGAUACAUUUUGGUUGAUCUUUUUACAAAAUAUUUCAAAAUUUUCCUUGAAAUUAAAAAUCCAAAGAGUUUCUACUGUCAUGAGUGAGACUAGAGGACCUUUCAAGGUCAGAGGGUAUCUGCAGCUCACAUACAGCUGUAGUCCAUGUCAUUUAAUACCAACUUUACACACAUUACUGUGUCAGUGGGUAAUGUUCAGCAUAUUUUGCGUGAAACUAUGUCAAACUGAGAUGGGACCAGACUCAAGAUCAAAUGGAAAGCCAGAGUAAACUGCACAGAGCUACCAAACCCUUUGAGGCCUGUUUGCAUUUGAAUAUCACAUGUCCAGUAUGCUUUUUAAUGCGCCUUGGGAUGGAGCAGAUGGAGAGGGCAGAGUGCCUGACUAGAAGCAGGUUUAAUCAGGUUUGAGGUAUUUUAUUACUGACCGCUGCAUCUGAUGUUGCAGGCAUUAGAUUUGAAUGAGCCAUCAUCACACCAGUAGCGGCUGUUAAUCUGAAAGAUGCCGUAGUCAGUGGAUUUGUCAGUGUUGUGGUUGAUGGCCUGAGUGCUGAAGCUCGACUCCCACCGGGUCAGACAAACCCCUGCAAAGGAAAUCAAAGUUACUGUAUCUUAUAUUUUGAAUGUUGGGCUAAGAUAAACUAACCUGCUUUUGGAUGAGCAAACAAGUUCAAUUCCAAACAUUAUAAACCUUUCCUUUUUAGUUGAUGUUAAAUGAGGUAAAAUCCAUCUUUAUCAGGAUGUGUAAAAAUAAAAUGCUCAGUCGUGGCA